ACUAUCGUUUAGUGUCUGUCUAUCUAUCUGUCUGUCUGUGUGAAUUUGUGUGUACUUGACAUAAAACACACAUCAGUAUCACAUACAUGUACUGAAUCAGGGUUUCUCAAACUUCAGGGCCAGCUUUUACUGGGAAGGCCGGGAAAAUAUUAGUAUUUCACAUCAAGCAGGCACACGGGACUUUUGGAUUGAUGUUUGGUGUAAAUGUAUGGCUUUUUUGUUCUUUAUCAUUACUUUAUCUACUGUUAAUGUCCACGCUGUGGCAAUACAUGACAUAUUUUCUAUUCAGUUCAAGCUUGGGGAUCCCUGACUAAAUUAUACAAUAACAAUUUCAUCUGUACUUCAGUUUUUAGUCAGUACACAUAUAAUAUACACUCAAAGUAUUUUCUUGUUAAAAGAAGAACAUUUGUAACCUUUUUAAACUGUUGACUGGAAAUGAUACUCUGAUCCUAAUACGUAUUUAUUUCAUUCAUUUAUAUUUGAACAUUGUAUUAUUUGAUUUAGUUUUUAAAAUUUUUAUUGUAAUUAUUAUUAUUUUUAAUGCACCUUCUCCAAAACAGAAAUUUUCAAACAUUAUAAGAUUUCAUUGGCUUGAAUGACUGUAUAGAAAAUGUAAACUCUAAUCAUUUUGUUUUUAUUUGAAUGACAUCUUCACCGAAAAGAGAUUGAGACAGACUGAUAGACGGAUAGACAGAUUAUAUAACAGACGUGGCUAAGUGAGCUCAUCCCUCUGUCACAUUUCCCUCAUUUUUGUUUAUGUUGUGCUUUACCGUCACAUCCCUUUUUAACCUUAAGGUGAAACACUGCCAUCUUUCUUAUGAAAGGAAAAAAUGGACGGCUCCUUUUUUGCUCUGUCUCUGUAUUUACCUGCGCUCCCUGUAAAACAUCUGCAUUGUGCUCUGUAAAUUAUGUUUUGCAGAAGAGAGUUAAUUAGAUUGAAGAAGAGAAGAGCCAACAUCGAGUCGGGAAACCGCUAAACAUGGCUGGCUAGCAACUGAAUUCAACAGGCGAAGAGAGAGGAAGAGAGGAGAGAAGAAGAGAAUAUAAAUACAUACGGUACACUGGUUCUCAUCUUCUCAUCUCCACGGCAACUGCACAGACUUCUGGGAGGAGACCUGGCUGAGUUGUAGAUAGUCAGUGUUGGAGCAGAGCUUAUGGAAAAAAUGCCAAUGAGCCAACAUUCCUCCAUGAUGUUCCAUCAUUCAACAUCUUUUAUUUUCUUGUGGUUCACCUUUUAGGCCUGGUGGUCAACAAGUUCAAAUUUCAGCCUUAUAUCACUCAUUUUGUAUUGUAUCUACACAACCACAGCCCUUUGCAUCCUCACACUGAUACACCCCCGCCCCUGCACUGCCCUGCUCCAACCAGCGGUUCUCAGCCAGAGACCACUCUGUUGCAACACCUUGCAACGCUCCCCCGCCCUCAAACUUCCGUGAGUGACUUCCUGUGCCCACUGACCCUUCAUCCGAGGCUAUGAGAGGAGGAGUCGAAUCCCAGCUCACUCCAUCAUGCCAGUUGUGAAGAGCAGAGAGGAGAUCCGGGCUGGCAAUGUUCAAGGGACGGAAUUUACACUACUCCGCAAUGCUUGUCAGCCUCCUUCCGUCUCCAUCCUGCCUUCAGGACAAACGCCUUCUCUCCUCCUCCUCUUGCCCCCUUCAUUCCUCUAUUCGGCCCCAAAAACAGUUAGCGCAUCACCCGAAUCACUGGCCGCGGCUGCUCCUGCCCUUCCUCAUCAUCUCACUGCUCCUGCAACCUGUUUGCGGGGCACGCAGGGCUGGAGGUCCAGGCACAGGUUCAGGAGGAGCCCCAGUAGGUCAGGGUGGCCCGAGGGGAGGCAGCACGCAGCGAGGCGUUGUCAUCCCCCCGCAGUACUCUCCUGGACCACAAGCUCUUCCGCCAAUCAACCCCAAACUCAUCAGCUCUCUCAGUAUUGCUGUCAUCUUGGUAGGGAACUCUAGUGAAUUGGCCCUGGGAGCGGGACUUGAAAAAGAGGACUUCCUGCAUAUCCCCUACCCACCAAAAGUGGAGGUGGUCACCAUGAACGAGACCGAUCCAAAGAGUAUCAUCCGUCAAAUCUGUGCACAAAUGACAAGGAACUCGCUGCAAGGCGUUGUUUUUGGUGAUGACACGGACCAGGAGGCCAUCGCUCAGAUACUGGACUUCAUCUCAGCUCAGACUCACAUCCCCAUUCUGGGCAUCAGAGGAGGAUCCUCCAUGGUCAUGGCAGCCAAGGACGACAACUCCAUGUUUUUCCAGUUUGGUCCGUCCAUCGAGCAGCAGGCCUCCGUCAUGUUGAACAUCAUGGAGGAAUACGACUGGUACAUCUUCUCAAUUGUCACCACAUACUACCCGGGCUACCAGGACUUCGUCAACAAGGUCCGUAGUACCAUCGAGAACAGCUUUGUGGGCUGGGAACUGGAGGAAGUCCUCUUACUGGACAUGUCAGUGGAUGACGGUGACUCCAAGAUCCAGAAUCAGUUAAAGAAACUGCAGAGUCCGGUCAUCCUGCUCUACUGCACAAAGGAGGAGGCCACCACAAUCUUUGAGGUGGCUCAUUCAGUGGGUCUAACGGGUUACGGCUUCACCUGGAUCAUUCCCUCGCUGGUGGCUGGAGACGCGGACCACGUGCCCGCUGUUUUCCCUACAGGGCUGAUCUCUGUGUCGUACGAUGAGUGGGAUUACAACAUCGAGGCCAGGGUGCGUGAUGCAGUCGCUGUCAUCGCCACUGCCACAUCCACCAUGAUUCUGGACCGGGGACCUCACACCUUGUUGAAGUCCAGCUGCCUUGGCACCCUCGACAAGAAGAGCACAAGCACCGGCCACUCGAAGGAAAUACUCAGGUACAUCAUGAAUGUGACAUUUGAAGGGCGUAACCUGUCAUUCAGCGACGAGGGCCACCAGAUUUUCCCCAAACUGGUCAUCAUCCUUCUCGACAAGGACAGACAAUGGGACAGGGUGGGCAAGUGGGAGAGAGGCUCUCUGGCCAUGAAGUACCACGUGUGGCCUCGCUUUGAGCUGUUCACCACGGCAGAGGACCACGAGGACCACCUGUCCAUCGUCACGCUGGAGGAGGCGCCCUUUGUCAUAGUCGAGGAUGUGGAUCCACUGAGUGGUACCUGCAUGAGGAACACCGUGCCUUGUCGGAAACAGCUCAAACUCAGCAACCAAACGACCAAUUCGGGCAUCUACAUCAAGCGCUGCUGCAAAGGCUUUUGCAUCGACAUCCUGAAGAAGAUCGCCAAGACAGUCAAGUUCACAUAUGACCUCUACCUGGUCACUAAUGGUAAACACGGCAAGAAGGUUAACGGGACAUGGAAUGGCAUGGUUGGAGAGGUGGUGCUGAAGAACGCUCAUAUGGCAGUAGGCUCGCUCACCAUCAACGAGGAGAGGUCGGAGGUCAUCGACUUCUCCGUGCCGUUCAUUGAGACGGGAAUCAGCGUCAUGGUCUCUCGUAGCAAUGGGACUGUGUCGCCCUCUGCCUUCUUAGAGCCCUUCAGUGCCGACGUGUGGGUGAUGAUGUUUGUGAUGCUGCUGAUUGUGUCAGCCGUGGCCGUGUUUGUGUUUGAGUACUUCAGCCCGGUGGGUUACAAUCGCUGCCUGGCAGAUGGGAGAGAGCCCGGCGGUCCCUCCUUCACCAUCGGAAAGGCCAUCUGGCUGCUUUGGGGUCUGGUUUUCAACAACUCUGUUCCAGUGCAGAAUCCCAAAGGUACCACCAGUAAGAUCAUGGUGUCAGUGUGGGCCUUUUUCGCUGUCAUCUUCUUGGCUUCCUACACUGCCAACCUGGCAGCCUUCAUGAUCCAGGAGGAGUACGUCGACCAGGUGUCGGGCCUGUCAGACAAAAAGUUCCAGAAGCCUAACGAAUUCUCACCGCCAUUCCGCUUUGGCACCGUGCCCAAUGGGAGCACAGAGCGCAACAUCCGGAACAACUACCGGGACAUGCAUGCCUACAUGACCAGCUUCCACCAGAAGAAUGUGGACGAGGCCCUGUACAGUCUCAAGACUGGCAAACUGGACGCCUUCAUCUACGACGCUGCAGUACUCAACUACAUGGCGGGCAGAGAUGAAGGCUGCAAGCUAGUCACUAUUGGCAGUGGCAAGGUGUUUGCCUCCACUGGCUACGGCAUCGCCAUCCAGAAGGACUCAGGCUGGAAACGUGCUGUUGAUCUGGCCAUCCUCAUGUUGUUUGGAGACGGUGAGAUGGAGGAGUUGGAGGCCUUAUGGCUUACAGGUAUCUGCCACAAUGAGAAGAACGAGGUGAUGAGCAGUCAGCUGGAUGUAGACAACAUGGCAGGGGUCUUCUACAUGCUUGGGGCUGCCAUGGUUCUGUCAUUUAUCACCUUCAUCUGUGAACAUUUGUUCUACUGGCAGCUGCGCUUCUGCUUCAUGGGCGUGUGUUCCGGAAAGCCCGGGGUCACCUUCUCCAUUAGCAGGGGUAUCUACAGCUGCAUUCAUGGCGUCCAAAUUGAAGAAAACAAGUCGACCAUUGACUCACCUUCAUCGAGCAUAAAGAAGAAUAUGAACAACACCCACUCGAACAUCUUGCGAUUGCUCCGCACUGCCAAAGACAUGACUGCAGUGCCCGGCAUUAAUGGUUCUCCGCACGCGGCCCUGGAAUACAAUCACAGUGGUCGCGAGUCUGCCAUCUAUGACAUCCAGGAGCACCGACGCAGUUUAGUGGGGCACCCUGCAGAUUGUAAGUCAGCGCCGCCCUACUUACAAGAGGACAACAUGUUCACGGACUACAUCAGCGAGGUGGAGAGGACUUUUGGGAACUUGCCCCUGAAGGACAACAACUUGUACCAGGACCCUUACCGGCACCACCACCCUGUCUCGGCUUUGGGUAUGUCCGGCCCCCCACCUAAUAGGCCGCGUAGCUUAGGCAGUGCUAGCUCGUUGGAAGGGGGCAUGUUUGAUUGUGAAAGUUUGGGGGGAGGAGUAGCACCCAUCUUUACCACACAGCCCCGCCCCUCCAUGACUCACAGGAAUACCAAUAAGUUUGACCUGAUUGCAGGUCACCCCCCUGCGGAUUCCAACCAGGUUGGGUUCAAGGGAAGCAAUGUGUACGGGAGGUUUUCAUUCAAAGGAGGUGCAUCCAGCACAGGGCUCAUUGGGGGUCACGAGAGGUACUGUGGUGGAGGUGGGGGCGGGGGAGGCUCAGGGGGUGACGAUGGAAACAUUCGCUCUGACGUGUCGGAUAUCUCCACUCACACCGUCACCUACGGCAAUCUGGAGGGCAACGCCAAACGUCAUAAACAGUACAGGGACAGCCUGAAAAAGAGGCCAGCCUCAGCCAAGUGCAGACGGGAGCAGGACGAGAUAGAGCUGAGCGGCUUCAGGAGGAGACCCCACCACCACACCGUCCACCACCACUUCCCUCACGGGCCCCUGGCACACCGCACCAUCUCACCUCCACUGGAGCGGAAGCGAGGAGGGGGUAACUCUUCACCUUAUUUAUUCCGCAAAGACAAAGAGAACUUGAGGGAAUUUUAUGCUGACCAAUUCCGCUCUAAGGAGGGCAAGUGGGAGCAAGAGGGUGGAAGUGGAGGAAGUGGUGUGGGCGUCGGUAGCGGUGGUGGUAUCUGUAGAAGUUUAGUUCCUGUGGAGGACUUUCUCAAAGGUAAAGGCAAGAAGCAGGACUCUAAAGGUGGGCUUGGGUCUGUGUCGGCAGGUCAGCAGGCCCACACCUGCUGGGAGAAGGCAGUUUCUGGACUGGGAGGAGGAGGCAUAGCCGGAGGUGACUGGGAGUGUCGGAACUGCCACAGUGUAUGUCACCACGGUGGAGGUUUAGGAGGUUCGUGUCCAGCUAGUGGGGUUGGGGGAACCAGCAGUCGCCCAAGCUCUGCUAGCUGCAAACGCUGUGACUCCUGUAAGAUUCAGCCGAGCAACCUUUACAACAUCAGCGAGGAUAACAACAUGGUGUUCUCUGGAGGGAAGAACAACAUAGGAGGGGGUCAAACACAAACUCAGGCACAGCGCAGGAAGCUUGGGCCAGGUGGGAGGGUCUUAAGGAGACAGCAUUCUUAUGAUACGUUUGUGGACCUGCAGAGGGAGGGGUCAGGACGCAUGGGAGGAGUCGGCGGGGGUGGCGGGGGCCAGUUUGGCCAGCCCCGAAGCGUGAGCCUGAAAGACAAAGACCGCUACAUGGAGGGCCCCAGCCCUUACGCUCAUAUGUUUGAGAGGUAUGCAGGGGAAAGAGAGUCUCCCGUGUUCGGAGGAAUAGGCGGAGACAGGGCAAAAGGAGGCUCCUCCUUUAGUUUGUUUCGUGGAGGCGAAGGUGGGUUGCAUCGGAGGUCAGUGGGGGAGAGAGACCUAAGAGACAGGGACAGGGCUAUGAUGGGAGGGAGCGGUGGUGGUGAUAGCAGAGGCACCGGGACUUACUCCUUGUCUAAAUCUCUCUACCCAGAUAAGGUGAACCAGAACCCCUUCAUCCCAACCUUCGGCGAUGACCAGUGUCUUUUACACGGUGCCAAACCGUACUACAUCAAAAAGCCACAGACGCAGCAACAACAGCAGCAGCAGCUACUCAACAACAGCCGAGGAGGAGGGGACUUCCGGGGCUCCAUGGGGGCCGCUUCUUAUUUGCCCGCAUCGGCCACGGCCGGGGUCAUGUCCAAUGUAGCCCCCAGGUUCCCUAAAGAUCUGUGUGUAGGCGGGAUGGGCAACCACCUGGGGGCCAACAAGCUCAUGCCUGGGGGCCGGGACACGUUAGGUUUGGGGCAGAGACCCUUCAACGGUGCCAGCAAUGGACACGUCUAUGAAAAGCUCUCUAGCAUAGAGUCAGACGUCUGAGGGAAGAAGUGACCAGAAGAAACAGGUGAAGACAAGAAAUGAGAAAAACAUACAGUCAAGAAAAACAGCACAGUGCAGUGUCCUCUUUGUGUGAAGAUAAGGUGACGACAUGAGUGGGUUUUGUUCUCAUGCCACUAAACGGAACAGUUUGGACAAUGAGGCUGCUUGAAGCCAACCUGUGGUCCAGCCCGGCGGACGGCACGUUUUUUAACAAGAAGGGAGGAUUGUGGUGCUGGGAAGGAGGUAGGGAUAGACAGAUGGAGGAGGGUGGGAGGGCAAGGUUCUCUUUACAAGCUCAUUGUUCCAAAACACAAUUUUUGUUACACAACGAUAAUACAAUCAACACUGCUGAAGUAACAGGGUAAAUUAACAACAAUUGUACCAAUAGUGUUAAUAUUAUUGCUGAGUAUUACUCAAGUGUUUCAAGAUGAUUGGUUUGGGGUGUUUUCCAAUUUGAUUUAUUCAAGUAGUGUUUCUAGUUGUUUCUUAGCUUACGAAUUUGACAGGAGACUUGUGGACCAUCUCUGAUAUUUUAGACACUCCUGUCAUUUUUGAUUCUUCUUUGCAAUUAAUUCUAUCUUUAUGCUUGAGUUUGUUUGUUUUGUUUUUUUUUACUUUUCUAAAUUUUGGAGUAUUGUGAUGUGUAUGUGACAAAAAGGCAUGACUUGCUAAGUACAAUGUACUUAAUGGCUUACUUUUUCAAAGCUCUUUUUCAACUGCACAAGCAACAUCAUCACACUGAUUUGCCCUUCCUUAUUUGCUUUUUUUUCUCACCAAAAGGGUCUCACAUUUGGAGCUGGAUGUGCCUUAAAGGAUUAAUGUUUCACCUGCAGUCAGUUUGUUCCAAUGUCAGGGUAAAAUCUGCUGGAAUUUUCUUCAAAGGAGUCGUGCAUGAAAAGGCAGUUAGUUUGACAAUGACAAACAUUCAGGCAACUGUUAUUUAACUCAAAUGAAAAUAGAAAAUAGAGAGCAGGCUCACAUUUUUCAAAUCUGAUCCCUCAGAAGAAAUAUUGUAAUUGUUAAGCCAUUGUGCCACAAUUAUAAUUUUCAUCUUUAUCAACUGAGACUCCAUAAAAACCUUAAAUUCAUUUGAACGUAAAUGAUCACCUGCUUGUUGCUUUAAUUGCAUUUUUACUGACUCAGUUGGCCAUAACGCACUUUCUGUGUUCAAGACAGAAUGAGACCUCUGUUGCUGGGUUGAGCAGCUGUGCAUGUUAAUUCUGUCAUAAUUAAGGCUAUAAUAUGCCUGUGUUGGAUGGCAACAGAUAAUGUCAGAUCAGGGUUGUCACGACUGAGCCAUAAUGAGUAUUACCACUGUAUUUUUAAUGAAGGAAAGGCACUGUUUACAACACAGCUCUAGACUCGUCUUACCUGAUAUUUAAAGGAGUCACUUGACGUUUUGAGAAAGAAGCUUUUUAUUUUAAUGACUUACAGGAAAGACCCUGAAAAAUUAAGCUCCAGUCAGCUGCAAGUGAGCUUGGUGUGAAAAGUGGUAACUCACACAAGCACAGUGCAUAGUCUGAAUAUACUGUAGGCGCCUAAAAUCUAAACCAAUGUCAAAUUUUUGUUUUUGAGAGUAAAGAUUGUGUGUGUAUUUAAGAAGCUUUGUUCGCAGAUUUAAGAAUUUUUGCACUUCUUUUUCUGAACUGCUGCUCAAACUCAAACUCAGUGGAACCUCCAAAGUCGACCACAAUCCAUUCGCUUCCAUUUCCACUUUUUUACGUGGAGAUCAAUUAAUUCAUUGUUGUGAUGGCAUAAAAAUUAACACAAAGACUUCAAAUAAUCCACAAAGUCAGGAAGGUUUGCGGUAAUAGUGUUGAAUUAUGAAGUCAUGGCAAGUAGGGUGACCAAGGAAAUGCCCUGUUUCCACGUCCUGUCCUGGCUAUCCUGAGGUUUUUUUUUUAUGAAAAUGUCUUCAUUUAAAGAUUUUGUGUUUGUUGUUCUUUGAGCCAUUAAAUGAACCAGCAUUAGGGCGCUGCUGCCGUGUGGGUGGCUUUUUAAAUCAGUGUUGCCAAAAAUCUGCAAAAAGCCAAAGAAAAAGCAAAACCUAUGCACGUAGUUAAUCCUUCGACGCUUGCCAAAUUGAAGUCUGCUCAAAUACUCAAGUCUUUGUGAUUUUAGAGGGCACAUUUUUCCCAAAAAUACUGGUUACAUUCCAAAACUUAACAAGCAUUUGACCUCAGGUUCCUGUGUCGUUCUGUUUUUGGAAUUUGUGUCUUUGGUUAUAGAUAGCAUUUUUUAGGGGUGUGACGGUUCACAUAGAUGUAUUGAACCGUUUCGGUUCUGCAUGUUCGGUUCAGUCCACUUGCGUACCGUUUCGUUAUAUUUUAUGCUAUUUUUCUCAUUAAAUGUAUUUAUUACUAGAGUGAUGUAAGCGCUUUACACGGAACUAAAGUCCUGGACGAGUUUCCGCACGGACACCUCUGAGUGUCGGACACUACUGACUGAAAGGGAGGAACGCUAUUAGAGCGUAGGCAUGACAAAUGGCAUCAUGGCAAAUGCGAGCGAGAAGCCUGAGCUGGAAGACCCUCCAUUCUCACUACGGUCUCCUGUUUGGGAACUUUGGCUUCCCUGUUAAAAUUACGGAUAGACGAAGGCAAGUGGAUAAAUCAAAAGUUGUGUGUCGACAUUGUUCCACUGAUAUCGGGUGCUGCAGGAAACACGUCUAACAUGUUAGCGCACUUAAAACGGCAUCACCCGGCAGUGAAUGUUAGUGCAAACACCAAUAACGUCAGCAUAUAAACAACCUCUAGCAAACAAUUCGGGCCAAACAGUAACACAUGGUAUUGGAGUUUUGAUAGCCACAAGAUUACGUCCAUAUUCAGUUGUUGAGAGCGCUGGCUUUAAGUACAGUCAUGGAACAAAUCAUUAGACCACCCUUAUUUCUUCGGUUUCUUGUUUAUUUUAAUGCCUGAUACAACUAAAGUUACCUUUGUUUGGACAAAUAUAACAAUGACAACAACAAUAGCUCAUAAGACUUAAAUUGUUGGCAGUACAAUGCUAUAGCUACAGUAAGUGAUUUUGAUUAUUAUCGAGAAAACCAUGGAAGUUGCUAGAUAUCAGCUCUUAAAUUAAACUCUUAUGAGCUAUAUUUGUUAUCAUCAUUAUAUUUGUCCAAACAAAUGUACCUUUAGUUGUACCAGACAUUAGAAUGGAUCAAUAAACUGAAGAAACAAUGGUGGUCUAAUCAUUUUUUCCAUGACUGUAUAUGAUUAAAGUUCUUGAACCUCUCUACGAAAUACCAUCACGUCCUCACUUUAGCCAGAAAGUUAUAGCAGCACUUUAUGAAAAAGCUAAAAGUGAUGUCGUCAACGAGCUAUCACAUGAGUCUGCUAUUUCACUUAUGACAGAUGUUUGGACUUCACGCGCAACAGAGAGCUAUUUAACUGUAAUUGUGCCACAAUGUUUAAACAAUUCUUUCAAUACAACAGUUUAUUUUAUUGUUAUUUUUCUAUUUAAAAAAAACUUGGAGUCUAAUUUAUUUGAAAUAUCACCCAAAUGGGUCACUUAUUUAAAAAAAAGUUAUGUUUGGCUUUUUUUUUUUAUGAAAGCAUUUUAAGUAUUUUUUUUUUUUGCCUUUUUUGUACGAAAAAAUUAACCGACCCGAGCACGUCAAGAAACUGAACCACACCAAAAUUACAUUUUUGUGUACCGUUACACCCGUAGUAUUUCGUAAUGUAACAGCUUUCUAUCCAUACACAGGAGGCAUACUGUCAAUCACUGUCGGCUGCUGGUCUUUGGAACAGGGGAAGCACAAAUUUAAAGGGGAAGUUCAGCUUCCCUUGCAGUCAAUGAGCAAUCGCCACUGGCUGCAGAGGCAUGUUGCUGUGUCGGGUGCCGCUCGGCCACUUAGCCUGUCAUGGCAUUUUGGUCAAUUUUUACUUUUAUACACAAAAAAACUCCAACUUCCAAGCCACUGCUCGCAAUGGUGCGUGCAUUCAUUAAUAAAUAGACAAUGCCAGUGGCGAUUGCUCAUUGGCUACAAGGGAAGCUGAACUUCUUCUUUAAGUUUGAGCUUCCCCUGUUUCAAAGACCAGCGGAAGCACCGUGACAUCCAGUAUCAGCCACCGUGAGCCACCGUGGGGUUUCAAACCAGAGUCCCCCUUGUAGAGCAACAAUAGACUCACUAGCAAUGCGCCAUACAAGCGUUUAAAGAGAGGGCAACUCCAACAAAUUAAGUAGGAUAGCUGCGAUCACCAUGGAUACAAUAUUUUACAAUAUUUUAACCAUUAUCUCCUUAUGUUCGGAUACACAGUCACUAAUAUGCCUCACUUACAAUACUGCUAGUAGCUUCGAGUUAGUGACUCAUUUCCAUCGUCGAUCGGCAACACACCGGUACUUGUAAAGUCAGCCAAAUGUGGCAAGCAUAAAUAGAACAUCAUCUGAGGCAGUUCACCAUCAAUAUCUAUCUAAUAACAUGACAAAACUAUAAAAUCCUUGAAUUAAAAUACAUCUCCUGACCAGUCAGCCAUUGAGGGCAUGACUUAGCUUGUUGAACAGUUUUGCUUUUGA